AUGUGGAUUGCACGAAAGUAUUGUACAGCAUCUCACCGGUUCCGUACUCGGUUUGUUGCAGCAGUUAUUUGCGGCAGCUGGUCAAAGCAGUCUGUCCCAACUGUCAAUCUGUUGUUGGACUCUCGGAAUAGCUUCACGGACCAAUCUGAACACUUGAAGUCCAGUUGGACUCAGCUAGGCCAGUUGGAGCCCAGUUGGAGCCCAGUUGAAUUCCAGCUACAAGUACUACAACUGCGCAAUGACACAACUCACAAUCACUGCACCAAUGUUACUGGAACAGUCACAGACGGGCACAGAGAGACACAGCCAGACACAGACACAGACGCCGCAGUCAACACUCCUACUCUAGUCUCGCAAUCCUACUCCUGCGACCUCAAUACGGUCACCAGAGAAAGCUAUACGCUCACCAGGACCAGCUCUGACUUGAGAGAUGGACUCGAAUGUGGUAUGGAGGGUUGGGGAUUGGAAGAUGCUCUUUAUGACAAGUUGAAGUACUUCUGGCUCUGGUACCACAAGUUCAUAACAGUAGCACCACAGAUAACACCACAGACAACACCACAGACAACACCACAGACAACACCACAGACAACAUUGACAAGUGCAAUUGGCUGUCAAUGGUGA